GUGCAUGAACAGAUUCAUGUAUUUCUGUGAAGAAGAGAGAGAGAGAUCACUUCGAAUUUGGGAACUUUUCUAAUUACAUAUUGAUUCUCACGCCAUUACUCCGCCUUAUAUCUAAGGUUGAAAAGGCAAAAAAACAUCAUUGGAGUUGCUGCAGUUAGUUACUUGAUAUAUUCUACUGUGGAUUUUCAACUGGCAUACCUGCAUUGUACCCUUAUAUGAAGUUAGAUCAAUCUUCUACAAGUUGUCAGCUCUUGUUUGCACUGCUCCACUGCAUCAAGGGACAAAAACAUCUUGAUUGCUGAAGAAAUUGGUCUGCAACAGUCAAAAUUUCCCAUUGGUAAAGUCAUAGUUCUAACUUCAAUAUAAAUACUAGUGGUUGAAUUUAGGCUAACGUAAGGAAGUCCUAGAGGGUGAACUGCUAUAUCUGAUGGAGGUAAUGGUUUCACCGUCAUGCCAAAAACAAGCAAUGUCUGCUUGGAAGUGCUCAUCAAGAGGGUCUUGCAAAGACCUGUGGAUUGCUGCACGCGAAGGCUCUAUUGGUGAUGUUGAUUCAUGCCUGACAUUUCUAAAGAAGAGUGGUGGGAAUAUCAAUGCCCGGAAUCUUUUUGGGCUUACACCUCUUCACAUAGCUCCCUGGAGAAAUCAUAUCCCAAUAAUUAAAAGACUACUUGCAGCUGGCGCAGACCCUAAUGUUAGGGAUGGAGAAUCAGGCUGGAGUUGUCUUCAUCGAGCACUGUAUUUUGGACAUCUUGCAGUUGCUAGUAUCCUUCUCCAAUUCGGUGCUUCAAUCACUCUGGAAGACUCAAAAUCUAGAACACCAAUUGAUCUAUUAUCGGGACCUGUUGAGAAAAACAAUUCAGUGGCCACAGAAGUCUUUAGCUGGGGCAGUGGAGUGAAUUAUCAGUUAGGAACUGGAAAUGCCCACAUUCAGAAGUUGCCCUGCAAAGUUGAUUCCCUCCGUGGCUCUGUGGUUAAAUUAGUCUCUGCAGCGAAGUUUCACAGUGUUGCAGUCACUUCUCGUGGAGAAGUCUAUACUUAGGGUUUUGGAAGGGGUGGCCGUCUUGGCCACCCUGACUUCGAUAUACACAGGUAAGUGGCUAUGUGAGAGGAGUCACUCCUAGUUAUAUUCUCUUUUUGUUAAACUUGCCUUUGAGAAUAUUGG